AGAUUUAAGAAAAUUCCCUGUUUUGAUGCAGACACGCCCACACUGUUUCAACACCUGCUCACACACGGACAUAGUCCGCUAAGAAAAUGAACCACGUAGAUCACCUCCACCCAACACGAUGAAGAUUUUUACAAUGAUUGAGUUUUUGUAUGAACUCACACAAACUUUUUUUCGUUACGUCAUCGUAACUCAUUCAAGCUCGUCAAGAUUGCCUUUCGAAAUCGCGAAAAUCGGAAUUUUUUUUUGAUAACAAGGAAUCAGUCACUCAGAGAACAACACGUCAACUCCAUUGAGAAAAAGAUGAGCUGUAAUAUACCGUCUCGCUUUCGUGCUCGGCUUUUUUUAAGGAAAAUGAAUCAUAUCAUCGCCAACAGUCCGCCGGACUUCUUUUUUCGGUGACUCGUCUCGUUGGAGUGCUGAGCUUUUUUUUUUCGACUUCAGAUAGACAUAAAGGUUCUUUUUCAGCUCUCGACACAGAAAUGCUUGAUGUAAGAGUAAAGAUCUCGAAUCCGCUCUAAAAAUCAUCGAUUAAGAUCUCCAGAAAUGUGUCGAUCAUCGAACGCGUCGAUCGCGUUGAAGAUCAUUGCACAAAAAGAUCUAGAAAAAAAUCGUACCUCUUCGUCGGCAUUCUGCAAGCUCCUGUCCAACAACGUAGUUGUAGAAAUCAAUGAAUCGAAAUUUGAUUGAUGCUUCACCAGCAGACUACUGAUGCUGGCAACAUGAUCAAUGAAGCUCCUUCAAAUGCAAAAUUUAGAUCAGGAAUAAAGUCGUGGGGCGGAAUAUUACGAACGGAGAUUUAAAUCAAUGAUACCAAUUUUCUGAUCACAUCCUUAAUAUCCUGAUGACAUCCUUAAUAUCCUUUAGAAGUGAAGACCCUUGAAGUAAACGUACUUCGUUGAUGAGUCAUGCUGAUAGUGGUGACUUUCUCUAAAAUAUAUCUCUCUUUUGGCUCAAGGCCUUGUCCUUGUUGCCUGUUUCUCACUCACAGAGAGACCCAACCGUCAGAAAGAAAGUAGAAAUGAAUAAAUGCAAACGAAAAUGAAAAACGGAAAUGGCUGAAUUAUCAAGUUCCUUCAAUCAUCGUAGGGUGUUCCCCAGACGGUUGGGUCUAAAAUGGGGCUGGAAUGAGUAGAACUGUUCUAGUCCACAAGGCCAACAGCCUGAUGAAGAAAUCUGGAUGAAAUGGAGCUUAAAAAGAGGCCGAAAAUGACAAAAGGAAGGAACCAAAGACGACAAACAAAAUUGAAUACCAGUCUUCUCACAACACGUUCGACAACUAAUUGAAUACAAACCUAAGAUAGAAUGCAAAAUGGCUAGUCCGGAAUGCUAAUUGCUUCGCAAGCAAAUCGAAUCGAAAUACAAAGAAGGGAAGCGGAACACAGCACCACACGUCGCCAAUUUCAAGUGAUCCUUAGCUCACCGGCCGAAAAAAGCAGAACUCGAAAGAGACCUAGAAGAACAAAAUAUAGUAGUAGAAGCAUUUGAAUACGGAACUACGACAACCAACGACAAUCAUCCUCUUCAUCGACAUCUCCCAGGAAAGAUUUAUAAGCACAGCGAAAGUGUCAAAAGUCAACCAACAACAUCUAGUGCAUACAAGUUAUAGCCCAUAAGUUUCAAACAUCCCAUCAAGAAUCACUCUACGUGGACAACCGAGUCAACCAAAUCCUCCAUUACCAGACCGGUCACAACUAAGAAGAUAUCUCCCCACGUCACGAUUACCCGACCCAUCGCACGAUAUUGGGCCAAGCCCACUACAAGAUCUAUAGAGCUGGAAGAAGUGACUCGAAACAUCUAAGCAUCCUACGGCGAUCCAGAUCCGAUCCACCAAAAUGCCGCCCAAAAGCAAAUCCUCAAGCGGCAAUCCGGUGCGCAAAGAAGGUGAGCAGGAGGGAGCACCGAAAUCUCAAAAGUCGUUGAGACCCGGGAAACCUGAGGAGAGGACGAGCAAGGACAACAAAAAUGAGCAAAAAAAGAAGAAGAAAAAGCUGUCCAAGGAUGUGAAAGAGGAGGAUAUCGAGAUGAAAGAAGUGUCAGAGGAACAACAACAGCCAUCUUCCUCAGCAUCCUGUUCCAGACGGAUUACAAUGCAUCAUGACGCAACCAGUGAAAAAGCAGAUCCUACCACAACACUCGCUCCAGGACCGAAUGGUGAGAAGGAGAGGCUAUUAAACGACGAUGACGACAGCAGAGACUUCUUGUCGGACAUGGACAUGCGACUAAUAGGGCACGGAAAAGGUCCGACUCAUACGCAACACGCGUCAUCUUCAACUGAACUACCGCAGAUGAGCUCAAGCCUGAGCCUUGCACCAUCCAAAUUCACACGAGAUCCGAACACAGGAAUGGUAGUUCUCACAAGCAGGCGGCAGCGCACGGCAGGACAAGGAGGAAAGAGUGGUCUAAUGAUGAUCGACGAAUCGGAUGCAGCCUCCAGCAAAGGAUCCCUCGCCACAUACCCAUCGUCGGCACUUGGAGGUGAAGCAGAUGAAGAGGAGGGUGGAAUCCCCGUGAUGGAACUAGGGGAACCAUACAUCUCCGCGUCCAUCGAUCCAUCAGAAGAAUUCCCCUGGGAACAGUGGCCAGGGGACAAAAGGCAAUUGUCCAAAGCGCUUACUCGAGCAGAAGUAUGGGAUGAAGAAGCAGGAGGACCACGAUGGGGCACUGACAAAGCGGAAAGAUGGUGUCUCCCACCGGGAUGGUACAAGGUGUCGUGCUGCCAUGUCAACCCAAAAGGAACAUCAUACAGCAUGGAAGUCCGCGAAACAGCAGAUCCCUCAUGGUGGGCUGGAGUCUCCGACGAGGAGUACAAGAACGCCAGAUUCAAUAUUUACAGUGACGAUGUCGAUUACAAGAUCAAAAAGCAUGAGACGUUCACAGCCACCGCGAUUUGGCAAUGGCGAAACAGCGCAAAGAGCGGAGCCCGAUAUGUCCUCACGGUGGGUAAAUUCCGCCCGUUAAUCGAUCCAUCACGAUGGUGUAUGAAUGCGAAAACCACGAUCAAGCCCCCCCCGCAAAGUACGGCACAAUCACAGGGCUUAACGAUGGAGUUCGUGCAGACGAUGAUAGAUAAAUCCCACAACCAGCUGAAGACCGAGCUUGGAUCGGAGAUCGAUGCUAUAAAAAAUGACCAAAGAAAGCAGAAAAAGCAGAUCAAGAAACUAUCCGCAGUUGGAAAACAAACGUUAUCAGCAAUCGGCCAAUUACUAAGCAUCCACGGAACGGAGAUGGCGCCCAUCUUGGAUGCGUCCGACUCUGAUUCAUCAUCCGACGGCGGGGACGUGGAGAAGAAGAGAAUUCGAGAGGACAUGCAGAGCGCAAGAAAUCGCGUGGCAAUUGAAGAUCGACAACACGACGAAGAGGAUGAACAGCCAUUGUACUAUGCAGGCGGAAAGGCAGAGAAGGAGCAACCACUGCCCAUACCCGGAAAAACAAGAAAGAAUGUCACACCCGGUGAGAAGCUAAUGCAUGGAGGUAAGAGGACCCAAUCUGCAAAUAGAAGGCGAAAAGGGACCGGCCCAGCCUCAUCCUCAUCGCUGGCCGAUAGCCCAAGGAGACGCAGUAGGCACAACUCACCGCCACCAAGGCAAAUUUUACAGGAUGCUUCCAAAGCACACCCAGCAGCGUUCCUGCAAUGGGAGAGUCCGAAUAUGCAAAAAAGCGAACAUAAAAUCGAACAUGUGGUGAAGAUCGCAAAGGAAAGUGCAAUCCGAGCGCACGAAGGGAUAGAGGAUGCUUUCCUUGAUGGAGUAAUUCCACCACAGCCCACGAUUCUCAAUUUCGACGACCCAGAAAAAGGCGACAACGACGCAGAAAAAAACAGGAUAUCGGCGCAGCUGCGAUACGAAAGGAUGGAUCGAUAUAGGCAGGGAUUGCUCACCAACAUCUUGUUGGGAGUUAAAAGUGGAGACUCGCUCCACGCAGUUCGUAUUGACAAAAUCACGGAAGCAGUAUCGGUUCAAGCAGCUGACAUGAUCAACCAAUGUUAUCCUACCGACUACCAAGUAGCAGCGCUGUCGUUUAAGAUCAGGAACGACGCAAUCAGCAACAGAUCCGGGAUGCCGAAAACUGAAUACGAUCACCAGACGGCGGAUCUCGAAUUCUGGUGUGAUGGAUAUUGGAAUCAUACAAGCAAGCUGAAGGUGGAGAUAGACAAGGUACUGCAGAGAGCUGGACCUCUACAUCGGCUAUCCAAAAGUCAGGAAGCGGAACUAUCUCCGGAACAACGGGAUCGACGUAGAGGAAAGAUCAACCUGCGGAUCAAGGACUAUGAGACUCUGAAAAGCAAUAUCGUCCUUCCUCCUCGUCGCUACAUUUUCAAGGGCCAUAGCGAGGUGAGCACAUUCCUGGAUGAAGAAAUCAAUUGCGUAUUUGUGCCUCCAUCUAAGGAACAGGUAAAACACAUUCACAGCCUGCUACUACUUAUUGACGAGUGGAAAAAGGAAUCCUUCAAAAAUAAUCCAGCCGUAGAUCCAGGAUUCCGGGCAUCCAGCCUCUACAUGAGUAUGGAUGAACAAGCAAGGAUGGCAGCCAUACAGCAGGAGACGUCCAGCACACGAGCCGACCAGGACCCAGCUGCAGAAGCACAGCCCUUAUUUCCAGACGUGACAAAAGCAAACUCGAUGGUAGUGAAGGACGAAUCACAGCAGCAAGAGCGCAACGUGCAAAUUCGAGAAAAGACGAAAAACGAAGGCGAGAGCCACGCUCUCAAUUCGACAGCCGUAGAGCGUCAAAUUAGAAAUGCACAAACUUCAGUGGAACAACUAGGAGGAGUGGAAGCAACAUACGAAGGCAAAGCUGACCCUACACAGGGAGAGGCGAUCCCAGGCACUCGGAGUGGAAGCGCGAUCAACUCGGCCAUCACGGCGAAUCCAGGAGAGAAUAACGGCGUCACAUCACAAAUCAACUCGACAGGUCCCAUCCUCAGCCGCAACUCACUCGCGCAUGGUGACAAGGCUACAAAAAGAGGGAUCUCCAUCCGCUCACCCAAAAAAAUGGGGGCCGGGAGAGAAGAAGAGGAUGAGGAGAAGCAUUUGGCGUCAAAGGACGAUGCAAGAUCGGACGUGAUUUCGCCACUGGUCACGAAAAGAACCAAAACGGUCAAUAAUGUUCUUGGAACGAUAAGUAAAGCCCCGGUGUCAAUCAUUGCUGCAUCUCAUAAGUCGGGCACAGAGAAGGACACGAGCAACGUUGACGAGACGGACCAAAGUCGAGCGGCAGGCUGCACCAUAUCGGCGACAUCAAAUACGAGCACAAAAAUAAUGUCCACAUCUACGACAACGAACAUUCAGGCUCCCGCGCAGAGGUCGGAUGCCACAGUUGUUCCAGCAGAAAAGCCAAGCGAAGAGGCCAAGGACGAUGUAAAGCGAGAUGCGGGGUUAGGCACGAACGAAGCAUUCCCUCAAGCAUCAGCUACUGGUAAGAAACAGCAGGGGGAAACGAAUGCACACCUACGAAGAGAUGCGCGAACAACGGGGAUAAUUGACGCUUCACACCGACAUGCAGAAACCACAGCCGAAUACCUCAAAAACGCCUGGCAGCUCCUCGGCGAGAAGGAUCCACAAAUCGCGUUGUUCAAAAAAAUCGCAGACGAGAAUAAGCGACAAGUCGCCUUAAGACAGCAAUCCAAGACGAAUGCCGCCAGCAGCAUAGCUCCUAAUCAAUUACAGGACAAUCUGGGGAACCUUCACAAUGCCAGAGAAUGGACGGCACAAGAGAUGCAGACAGUCAUUGAUGUGCGAAACAAGAUCGUCCCUGGGGGUCAACUAUCAGCUGCGGCCGACGUGUAUGUCCCCCAUGCAACAUCGGCAUAUAACGAUCUGCUUAGUCUGCCUGGAGAAGACGGCCAGAAUAAUCGAGACCAGAUCACACCCUCACAACAAUACACGCCGGAGGAAAUGCAGGAGUGGUUGAGACAAAUCAACGCCCAGCAAGCAGCAGAAGAUCAGACUGCAGACUUCCGCAGAAACCAGAAAUACCAAGAUGAAUUUUAUGCCUACAGGGACAGGCUCUACUAUCAGAACCAGCAAGCCAUCGUGCCACAGCAGGAAUCCAUCGUCCCUCUACAUCAAGAAUUCUCUGCUCCGAUCCAGAAUGCUAUGGGCGCACAACUGCACAAUCACCAUUCGCACAUACAAAUGGUAGAAAGAGGUAUACGACCAGACAUUUCGAUACAAGGACAACAAGCUACUACUGCAAGGCAAACAGUUGAAGCCUAUCAGCAAGACCAAUCAAUGGACUUCCUAGGGUAUCCGAUGAACACGUUAGACCAAAGGCAGAAAGGCACAUUCGACAAUGACGGAAGACAAUUCAUGACGCAAGAUCAAGAUCAAGGGCAAGGUCAAGAACAACUUCAACCUCAUCAAUAUGAUCGAGCUAACAAUCUAGUGUUGCAAGAAUCGCUGGCCUCGCACUCUUCUCAACAGCUACAACAUCGGCAAAAAGGUCAGCAAAGGCAGCCAGCUGCACAACGAGCUCAAGCACAAGGCCUCAACAUUGAAGACAGCAGUGGACGGGGGCCGAGACACGCGCACCGACAACAAAAAGGCGAGCAUGCGCAGGGACCACAUCAAGGUAAUAAAAUUCAAUUCUUGCCUCCAAUUGUGCCAAAUAGUCAAGACGAUAUGAGACUGGCAAUCCCUGAGUCCGGACUUAGCUAUUAUGGCUUCUGCAGGAACAUGGAAGAAGAAGAGAAAUACACCAGACUGCAUCACUACGUAUUUUUGGGGCAAGAUCAUCUUAGUGGAUCAGCAGAUCCAAAAGAUCCUCAUAGCAGGACCAAACUUUCCAUCCACCGAUCAACAAAAGAAAGAUUGCCCCACGCAGGGGCAUCGACACGAGCAGAAUUAGAUGGGCAAGGAUCUAGCAACAAUCUCAAUCUCAACACCGUCCCUUUGAUGAUAGUAGAAGGCGGCCAAAUCGGUCACAUCAUAACAUCUAACGGCCCGAACACGGCUCGACCAGAAAAUCACCGGCCUAAUGCGAGCCUUAAUACUCAGAAAGCCACAAGUGAAGAUGUGGGAGAGCGCUCAGAUUGGACACAAUCACCGAAUUGGCUCUCAAAAACGAUUUGGAGCAAACAGAGUAAGAGGAGGAGGACUGGUUGGAGGCGACUAGCAAGAUGUGACUCAACACAAUCAACAACGGCCCAUAGCUCUUCAACAACAUCAACAUCAGGGACUACCAAUAGAUUCUCCUGCCUAAACUCUGGGAACGAGGCAGGGGCGUUAAAUUCGGAAGAACAACAGUCCAAGACCUUCGACAUCAAGUCUGAAUGCAAAUCGUUCAAAUCGCAAAAGAGAAGGAUGAAUGAGAAUAAUAAGGAUGAACCGCUUGAGGCACGCCGUGCUGUCAAAGAAAUCCAAUCUGUUUUUGUAGAAGAGGACCGAAAAAGAGCCAUGUCUCCUACUAAUCGCGACGCUUUCAAACCUACGGCUGACUCUAGGACCUACUCUUCGCACUCAUCUUCCUUGCUAACAGCCUCCAUCGUUAAAAACCACAGGUUCAAAGCCAUAAGACGGAAAGAGGAUGGAGAAGUUAAAGGAGGAGGCGGAGACGCGGUCUUCGAAAUAUGCAAAAGUGUAAUCAAAGCAGGAGACAAAAGCUCGCAGUUCUCGGAAAUCGAGAAACCAAGAGAUGGAAGAAGCGGUCAUCAACCGAAGGAAGCGCACAAGACAAAAAUCAACAACAAGAAGAAAUGGACGAGGAGAAGUUACAAAAUACAUAAUGGUGGUGGAAGGAACUCGAACAACGCUGCAUUUAUCAGGAUGAAGAAAGAUCCUCAUCAACCCAAUGUACGAGAAGAACUGCAGAUGGGAAUAACGAAGUAUGACGUGGACUGCUGGACGUAUACGCAGCAUGAUGAUGAAAAAAAGGGAGAUAAGGAGGAGCAGGAAGAAUCACAGAGUGGCACUAGUUUACUUGCCCAUGCAGAUGUCGGACGUUCAGAACAACAUAGUGUUAGUGUAGAAGAAAAACAAGCAGACUCCCCUGGGAAUAAAAAAGCAAGUGGAAGCGCGAAACAUAGUAGGGACACAUGGAGAGGAGGAGCAAAAUCCAUUCGGACUCCUUACUCGAGCCCAUCAUCUAUCUCGAACGCCAGGUGCAAGAAGAUCGAACAACAAGGAAAUCCCCAAGAAGAAACAAAAAAAGGACAAGAUGAAUGUGCAGCAGCCACGAGAAGACAAGACAAUAAAGGUGAAGAGCUUUCGCGUGGGUACCGCUCGAAGUUGAAGCAAACAGACUGGUCAGAAACGACUAGCCCCCAGGAAGGAGAGGAAGAUGACGCCAAGCAGAUAGCCAACCUACAACGAGGUCGAGUGGAGGGGUCUUACAAGGUGGCGCAGAAGGCAACUCCGACCAAUAAAGAAAGACACGAUGGGAAGCGGUCUCUGGCAACGAACAUUGCAUCGGAAAGAAAGCUUGAAGCUCACAGUGACGAUCUACAGAAACGGGCAGUCGUAGAUGGCGGAGAAGAUACAUCAGUUGAAAGCAGACGCAGGUGGUUGGGCAUAUCAUCAAAAACAAAGGACGACUACUACAUAAGCAGGCUUACCGAGCAAAAUGACAGUGCAUGCACUCAUUCCAAAAUCAAACAUUGUGAAGUCAAUAACUCAAAAACCCUUGGUCAACAAAGUGCAAUGUUAAAACAUCAGCGAGUCAAGCAAGACAUCGAAGAAAUAGCUGCUAAGAAUAUGACUCAGAAGGGAGCCGCAAAAAGCUGUUCUACCAGGGGAACAUCGAAUCGCGGGAGUCCGCUAGUUGAAGUGGGAUGGCCAAACGAAUCCAAAUCAAAGCCUAAGAUCGACAUCUCCCCUAAAUUCGAAGAAAGUCAAAAAGUCCAUAAGCUGAGCGAGGAUCGAUCUGAACAGAACCAGACCGAACCCGAUUCAUCCACCACGUCCUCCAUACACAUACCAAAAUCGUCCAUGCCUCCAAGAGGCAGUUAUCCAGAAAUGACAAUAAGCGAGGGAAGGCCACGCCAAGAAGGAAACGGACAGUCACGAACGAAAGGAGAAGAGCAGAGGUCACAGUGCAGAAGUGGCCAUGACCCACUGUCCGACGGACGCACGGAAGAAGGAGCGCGAGAUGGAGAGAGAAAAGCCCAGACGGCCAUUGAAUUGCAAACCACAUCAAAUCAGACAGAGAAGCCCAAGCCACUCAAAUACAGCACCUCCUGGGCGGGGGCCCCAGGAAAGCUGAAGAUAGCCACACAGAACAUGCGUUCUGCUGGAGUACACACCAAGAAAUUCACGGAAGUGGCCAGGGCAGCGGCAGAAAAGGGAUGGGACGUGGUGCUUCUAUCCGAGUUUGAGACCGGAUAUGGUCAAGGAGUGAACGAAGAGGAAAGGCCUCCUCAAUGGUACCCUGUCACGGAGCAAGAGAGCGACACGCUAAGGGAACAUCAACAACGACAGUGGGGACUAGCUGACCAAUUUCAGGCUAACUUCUUUUCAGCAGAGGACGCGGACGGCGACGCAUCCGGUCUGGAGAAAGAAACGCUCACACGAAUACGGCCCCAUUGGAAGAUUAUGGAAGGAUUCUGUGUAAUGUGGACCAGAGGAGCUGGCAUACUUCUGUUGUCGAAAAGCCUUCGAUCACAAGCACAAGAGCGAUUACGGGGCGACGACACGAUACUCAAAGCAUGGGAUCGCGUAAUAACGCUAUACUUGGACGAAUUGAUACUUACGGCGGCAUACGCCCCCACGUCCUCAAGAUCGAUAGAAGCGUGGAACUCAUUCCUACUGGUUCUCGGUACCACGCUUAUGGAUGCGAGGAAGAGGCGCCUUGAUAAGUGGAAGGAUCAUGUCAUAGGCGGGGACUUCAAUGCACAAGUGGGAGAUGAUACAGCCAGGCCGUCGACAUACUCCCUAGGUGAAUAUGGACCAUCAACAAAUUCCCCACGCGCGGGGAAACUGGUGGAGCUCAUGACAGAGUUCAACUUUGUGCUAGCAAAUUCAUUAUUUGAAGUAGAAGGCGGAGAUGCAGCUCGAGCAACGUUUACCAGGUCAGGAGAGCCCCUAACAGAGAUAGAUCACCUAUGGGUCAAAGGGAGGAUGCGCCCACAUAUCACGGCCAUAAGGCGAACUAUGCUGCGAACAACGGAGCGGCCCCGAUUAGAUCAUAAGGCAGUAGUGGCUGAAACAAGCAUAAGAACCAGAGGGAAACUGAAGGAAGAAGGCAAACAAAAGCGAGAAGCGAGGUGGGUAUAUGACCCCAAUCCCGAUGAGGAGUCACUACAAUGGUUCAACGCAAACAUAAAGAGCAUGGCAGGAUGGCCGCGGCAACCCACACUAGAAGAUAUUCGCGUUCAGAUUCAGGAUAUGAGUGAGCAUUUCCUGGUGCCCCCAACAGAAGCCCCACCAGACGCAGUAACCGAGGAUGAAGAGCCCACGCACAAAACGCUCGCCCAGGUGUGGGACUUUUUCAGGCAGCAGCAGACCACAGCCUCAAAGGCGACGGUUGCCAUCAGCGGCGAACAAGCAAAAAGGAAGUAUGACAGUGUGGGGAAUACUCCGCUACACCCUGAUAGGGAGAGCCUUCCGAUCGAAGACGAGCUCCGGGAGGUGGUUGGGUCGAUGCCAGAGGAGUUGAGGAGUGAAUUGGCGAGGCCAGUAACAGCGGCAGAGAUAAAGGCGUGCCUGGGCACAAUGAUGAAGGCAGGCGCUCGUGACAAACACGGCCAGUGCAUGCAGCUGCUGUGCUACCUGGACGAGGACAGUCUCAAGCUAUUAGCUGAGAUAAUAACGCACGCAACAGCGGAAGAAGGUGCCCUUAGCGCGGAGGCUUUGUCACCCGAGUUCCACGCAUGUAGGGACGUUCCUCUUUACAAAGGGUCCGGCGCUGCAGAUGACGCAGAUAAUUACAGAUUCCUAGUCAUAACGCCAAUAGUGAUGAAACUCAUCGCCCGUUUGUACGGAACAAGGUUGCUGAUGGCAGUAGAGUCCAUGGGGUUGCUCCCCCAAGAGCAAUAUGGGUUUCGCAGGAACCGAGGCACGCUGGGCGCCCUAACGUUGUAUAACAGAAUGCGGGAGGAUGCCAAGAACGCCGCCUCAGGAAGUGAGACCAAACGGCCGCUCAUGUCGAUGGUGGAUCUCCGCAAGGCCUUUCCAAGCCUGGAUUGGAGAUUGGUCACCUCAACACUCCGGGCGCUAGGUCUUCUCGCAGACCCAGUUUGGAGAGUCUUGAGGGCAACGCAUCGCUAUGCCUCCCACUCCUUCGGAGAAUUAACGUUCUGGGUUGAACAUGGCUGCAAAGAGGGAUGUCCGACCUCGCCUACCUUAUUCGUGAUCUGCUACUCCUGUGUGCUCCGGGUGUUAAAGCAGAGAGCUUGCAGAGCAGGCAUCAGCACAGGCGUCACGCUGAUAAGUGCCGAAGGGGGGUGGCGGAUGCCCCGGAGGGAGAGGGCGCAGGCGCUCUUGUUUGCGGCCGACGGAGAUGAGGAGGCUGAGAUCUCCAUGGAACAGGUCUCAGAGACGUUAUUCGCGGACGAUACAACCUUCUAUGAGUUAGUAACGCGAGCUGAGCUAUCAGAGUACGAGCACUCCCAGCAACUUGCAGCAACCCAGGGGGGAACGCCUAAGGAGUCCCCGCUCCUGGAGAUAAAUGCUCACACACUGAGAGACGCCGGAAUGCGCGAAAAUUGCAAGAAGAGGCAAAUAGGAGACAUCACAAGGAUAAGAACACGAAACUUGGGCCAGCAGACUGCGGAAUGUGAUGACAUCAGAAUAAAGGUAGGCAAAGCCUGGAGAGCACACCACGCAAUGAGGAAAAGACUAGCAGGACUAGGAGGAAUAAGUGACAAACGGAAAGGUGAACUCCAGUCAGCGGUUGUUAGAUCUAUACUAUACUACGGCACCCAGACGAGGGCGACCACCGCGCGCGCGCUCCAGGACAUGGCAGCAACCGACCUGCAGACACUAGCAUCCACCCUAGGAGUACCCGCCUGGAAGAGAUGGAAAGGAAUAUGCACAGACGCGCAGCUACUGUACAGAUCGUGGAGGGCUCCAGUAGAGGUAGAGCUUAGAUUUCACAUGGCAACCCACAUUGGUCAUGUACUUCGAUCCAGGACGGAGGAAUCUAUGGAGAAAAGAGCGCUGCAAGAAGUUUUUUUCUUUGAUCUUUGCAGCGAGGCCCAGGGCCGAGAGCAUUUUCUGAUAGACGCCGCAAGAGAUCCACGGAUAUCACCACGUGAGAGGGCAAGUGCCCAGAUGAUGGCGCAAUACAUGAAGCAUAUGGCGGUCACAUGUGGAGUAGGCGAAUCGGAAUUAGCCUCCUUACUUCGAGAAUUAGCCCCAGAGCCAUCCGAUGCGCAGAAACAAGAUUACAUUGAACGAAAGGCAGCCUACUACCACCUCACGCGCUCGGCAUACAUUCGCGACACAGUAGAGCGUUGGGCAAAGGCGGGCGCGGAAGAGGCGGUCUGCUAUGCGGUGUUACAAGCCAAAUACUUCACAAAAUUCGGAAAAGAGUGCAAACUAACAAAGAAGGAGAUACAACAAGGAUGGACGACAGAGAUGGUGAAGGAUGAAGCGGGCAGUGAUCAAUUUAGACUCACACACAACUCCAAGGAUAGACUAACAAGCACAACACUCCCACCGGAUGGAGGCCAGGUUCUUCAACUCGGUGGACUAACCAUACAUUCCGGAAUUGUAGGCCACGGAGGAGCGGAGCUAUAUUCAACAAAGCACCCAAGGAACAGGAGAGAGCUCCGGGAGCCCACAAGAUAUCGACUGCAAUCGCGAACACCAAUAUGGCUUACCUACCUGGUGAUGGGAGAUAAACACUCGGCUCACGUUAAAAGAGGGAUGACGGCGCUGGGUGCACAAGGAACCGCCUGGAAUGAAGACCCAAACAUCACUGUGCAGCAAGGAGAAGGUCCGUCGCAAACGGAGGUUGAAGCACAAAAGUGGACAGCACUAAUACUUCCAGACGCAGACGAGGUCAGCUUUACGCUGGAACCCGGCUCGUCUUGCUUUAUGGUGGCGCCAGCCAUAGGCGUUAGUGCCAAAUGGAUCUGGCGAUCCCGCUCGGUGUUGUCUCAACCACUUUGUCCAAUGUGUAAAGCCGGAUCCAUCUUAUGCUUUUCCUACGAAUGCGGCAAGAAUAGAACCCUUCGUAAGAGCAUCGAAAAAGGAGCCCAUCCGCCGGCGGUCGUUCCUAACGAGCUCGCGGAGAGGAUGCAAGACUUAGCAGACGAGCAACUUAAGGAAAAAGCGGAAAAAGAAGCUCCCAAGGUUUCGAGUGCCAGUAGGGCGUUCCGGUUAGUUCGUAAAGCUGGGCCAAAACGGAAUGGAAGGAGGCAGCAUCCACAGAGGUGGAAAUGCGAACGAUGCAGGCUCACUUAUCACACGACGUAUGGAGCAAUGGAGGACCACGCAAAAGCACACGAAGCUGAUGACUUCAUCAAAAUAGGUGUCAUCAAGGCGAGAGCAAGACGCGAGAUAUUUCCCAUCGGAUCAAUCAGAUGGGAAUACCGACCAGAGCAACAUGCCUACAACCCGAGAACGGGGAAGAGUUUUAUCGGUUCAGAUGCGGCGCUACAAGAAAUUAGAAUCCCCCAAACAUCAUGGAAGAAUGCAAAUAGGGAGCAAAUCGUGUGUAGAAAGUGCAAAAAGUGGGAGCUGGAGUACAACGAACAGAUGACACUAAUGCAAAAGGCGAAAAGAGUGGAGAUCAUGAGAUCCCACGAGAAGAGAUGCAAAAAGAACUAGCCAGUAGUAGUGUCUUCUAAACCCCUGGAGUGGGUACAUUCAUUCAUUCAUUCUCCAGACCAAUAAUAUCGAUUUGACUCCAACCGAACCACCAGGCUGCCUCUAUGAACUGCCACUGCUUUCCUUGAAAUUAAUUUUUUUUUUUGUUCUUUCGCUUUCCUUAUUUCAACGCAAUCAUCAUUCAUCUACUUAUGCCAAUGAAUCAUUCAUCUAUUCCAAUGUCUAGCGCAUUUCCUGUUUAGCAUCAUCAUCUAAGUAAAAGUUUCCUUUGUCUGAGUCAGUAAAGUUGUUGACGUUCUUGUUAGCGCCAGUAUUGUCCUGAUAUCGCAAAAAAGUUGUUGGUGUUCUUUUUAGUGUGUUCUAUGUAUAAGUAAGUAUCGGUACUAUGUAUCUUCAAGUAUUAAGUGAGUCUAGAAUCCUUUGAACCACCAGGGAGAGGUUGCUUCUCCGCUUGGAUCCACCUCGGUCAUGACUGCGUGUUUGUAUUCCUGGUUAUUUAAAUAAUUCUUCUAAGAGGGAGCUCUGAAAAAGGACAUGGCUAGCCUUCAACCAUGAGAGGAAAUGAGGAGGAGAGGCCUAGAAACGAAUCAAGAACGACUGCUGUAGAAGAUGGAAUAAGAUCUGAUGUUGAGGGCCGCCAGAGGAAACAACUUCAAGAAGAAGCAGGAGAAAUAUGUCCGCGGCUAGGUGAAACGUACUACAUCAAAAAUGGCAGCUGCACGACAUGUUCUGCAGCACAUGCUCCUGAAGAAUUACAACUUUGCGUAGUGCUGGGAGAACAGCAGAGCAUCAAGAAUUCUGAUUCUCUUCCGCAGCAACAGCAAGAAGCAGAGCCGCAACAGAAAAAGUCAGAGAAUCCUCAACAACUACAGCCGCAACAGAAAAAGUCAGAGAAUCCUCAAGAACAGCUCCUUGCGCUUGAGGAUUCUAUUUCCGUGGAAGUGACACUGCUGAAUGCUGAGGUGAUUCGCCUCGAGAAUUUGCCUGCCUCUGUCCGUGCUCGCGAUGUUCUGCCUUUUUUAGUGGACAAGAUGAACCAGGAUCAGUUCGUGCCCGUGUCUCUGUGUGCGCUUUUCAACCUGGAAGACAGCUCCUUGAUACCUGAGAACGCGCAGUUGACAGGGGUUUUGCCUUUCUCAGAGCAGUUCAUAGUAGAAUGUGGAGCCUGCAUCGUGACGUUGCCAGAAUACGUUGAUCGGUUUUUCGAAGCAGGUCGUGAGGCAGGUGAUGAAGCAGUUUGUGAAGCAGGUGCAGAACCUCAGAAACUACUUCUUCGGGAAAGCACAUCUCCAAAUCUUGAAGCACAACAUGAUCCACAAGGGCAUCCAAUUCCAGCUCCUUCAUUUACCUCUUCUACCUCUUCAACAACUUCUUCUUCAGAACAAGCGUCUGAUUCCUCCACUACUAGUUCAGAAGAUGAAGAUUCUUCUUCCACUAUUACUAUGAGUCGCAUUGACCUCUGGCGCGAGUUAAUCCGGAACGCCAAAGAUCGAGAGAAGUGUCGGGUAAUCGCUUUCCACAUGCUGGACGAGGAGCUGAAUGCUGUCCGACACACCGGACACAGCGCUAAUAACUCCAUCUUCACCUACGUCUUCGAAUGCUUCUCUUAAGCGUUUGUUUCUACCUAUAAUUAAUAAAUACAGUCCCGCGGCCCAGUACUAUAAAUCGUCCUUGGCUUUUUGUUUCUAGAAGAGACUAAGAACAAGCCAAGGAAGUAGAUGUGCUGAGGAAUGUAAUUGCGUAACCUGCUCUAACUCUCGCCUUUUCUAGAGUUAGGAUGGAAGCGGGCUGGCAAGUUGCUGUUGACCUUGGUGGGGACCUUGCUGGAGACUGGACGGGUGACGAGCGACACACUGACACGCGAGAAUAGUAGCGGAGUCUCAUUUUUUUCGGUAGUAGAAAAUUGCUGGCAGAUGGAACAAGGUGGAAGUUCUUCAUCUAGUUGUACGUCUACUCGCUGUACUUCCAGUUGUAAAAGUGCAUCUACUGGUGGAGAAAUGAACAGCACUGCUGGCGCUGUAGAAAUAGAAGAGCCUGUGGGCUCCGAGAACAAAGAGACUACGAUGACCAUUGAACCCGAUGAAGAGAGUAGAGAAGAAGUGGAAGUUGAGGAGGAGUCUGUUUCUACGUGCAUAGGAACUACUACUUUGAUCACCUCUACCCGUACAACAAGAAGUUGUACUUUCUCAUCUCCGACUUCAUCCAGAGAAGAAGAUGAGAUCUCCUUGCCGUCCUCUCUUUCUUCCUCUCGCUCUACCGAGGAACAGUAUAUAGUACCUCCUGUCGAUGAGGACGCUACAGUUGAUGAGGAAGCCACUCUAGUGAAGCGAGGCAGAUGGCACAAACGCACCUCUACACGAUUGCGGUCUAGCUCGUGCGUCACAAGCUGGACUCUUUUGGUGGAAGCACUGGCAGGGAGCAGCUGCUCGAGUCAAUGCUGACGUGGGUCUCCGGAAAUGCAGUCUUGCUGGUGCAGGGCGCAUUGUUAUACUUAAGAAGAUAUGAGUGAAGAUAUGAGUAAGUACUUACUUACUUGAUACAAGGACGACUUGUUCUCGACACUUAUUUCAAACUUGUUAACAGUUAUACUUGAUAAGAUUCGAUACCAUUACCUGUAGAAAUGACCUUUGAAAAUAUAUAUGAUCCCAUACCUUCAAUUAAUAUUGCCGUAUCUAUAAAUAUGAAUAUCGCAGUCGUAGAACAAAAAAUGUAUAAGAAAGAUCUAGUAUCUGUAUCUAUGUAAAUGUAACCUCGUGUAUAUCAUACGCCUGGUUCUGGUUCAAGCGUCUGAACCAAAUCAUGCACAGCAUAAAAGUUUUUGAAUCAGUGAUAGUACGAGGCUGAAUAUUUUUGAUUUUUGGAGAAUUGCUUGAAGUUGCUGAUACUAAAGCGUGACUGAACUACGCAGGAGAUGCAAGCAGAUUUUACACUUAAGUUACUUAGUGUUAGUACGCUUUGAUGUGUUAGUCGGGUGAAAAAAUACUUGGUGGAAUAGCAUAAUUCCCACCUGAAAUCGAAUGUCGUUGAAUAACUGUUAAUGCAGUAGGUUCGACGAACGCUAAUGCUUUAAAAACAUCUUCGCAGAACUGCCUGUUCUUGAUCUAUUCUUAAUCGUAUUAGAGCUAGCCAAAAAAUAGGAUGAAAAAAUCGUUCGAAUAUAUUUAUGCGUGUGGGCGGUUCUUGAUCUAUUCUUUAUCAAAUAAUUCGAAUGUUGUUCAAAAACGACAUCAAGCCCCAUUAUGAUUCAUCAGUCACCCGAGCCAUCACCCGCUAGACAUGGUGGAAUUGUUUAAUGAAUAUAAGAAAGCAGAAGUUGACUAGUAUAACCUCCCUCAAAAGUUUGUUAUUGUUUGCUUUUUAACAGGACCGAGGACGUGGUGACGAACAUCAAUGUUCGCAGUGCUAUUAACAUGAAGUACUAGUACUAGAUCAAGCAUAUUAUACAAUUACAACAUCAUCACAGUAGCUGAGCGGAGUACACGCGUUGAGUGGUCGUUCUUUCCUCAGAUAAAGAUGUCGAUGUCGAUGCCCUGUAAUAUUUCGCCCAAAUAGACCGACCACAUCGUGUCUGCUGCAGUAUCCUCCGAAGAUGUCGAUCGAAUGUAAGUAAUAAUUGUGACCCUUCUUGUCAAUAUUCAUCAUUCACCUAGUAGUCUAGUAUCAUCUUCACCAACAGUAACCUAGCACCAAUAAAAACUACUAGCAGUACCCACAGACAAGGUCCCGAACCACCGAAUUGCACCAUUCAUGUGUAUAAUGCAUGCAAUUAUACUAGUAUGUGGAUGGUGCUGGUGGAGCACAAAAAACCGCUAUCAAAAACUUUACUGUUUUGACCAGUAAGUCUAUAAGUUGUCCAACGUUUGAUGUUUUGUGAUUUGUAGUUUUAGUUUACAGGAGUUCUUGUCAUGAAGAUUCAAUACUGGAAUGGUGCUGAAAACGACAAAGUUUUAUUGCCUGGAGGAAGCGUGCGUAUCUGUGAUAAGUCUGACCAUUUUAGAAUCUGAACCAAAAUGUAUGCGGAAUGGGCGGU